AUGGAACGCGUGACCCAACUUGGGUAUCUGGGAAUUGGGGUAAGUGACGUAGAAGCCUGGGAACGCUUUGCGACCCGGACGCUUGGCUUGCAAGUACACGAGCCGGACGCCGAUGGCACCUUGUUCCUGAAAAUGGACGAGUAUCAUCACCGUUUCGCACUCCAGGCCAACGGACAUGACGACAUCGACUACGUGGGCUGGGAAGUCGCCGACGAGCAUGCCCUCAAGGCGAUACGGGGGCAAUUGGAUGCGGCAGGCAUUGAGGUAACGGCAGGCGCCGCAGACCUGGCGGCGCAGCGACGGGUCGUGGACCUAAUUGCGUUCGACGACCCGGACGGCUUGCGCACGGAAGUCUUCUACGGGCCGCUGGUGAACUACGAUCAACCUUUCGCCUCGCCGCGCGCCAUUUCGGGUUUUGAGACCGGCACGCAGGGCCUGGGGCACAUCGUGCUGGUGGUGGAGGACGUAGGGCAGAGCAUUCACUUCUACCGCGACGUGCUCGGCAUGCGAAUCAGCGAUUUCGUGCAGACUUCCAGAAUGGCCCCCGCCGGAAGCGCCUCGCCCCGCAUGGCCUUUUUCCACUGCAACCCGCGCCACCACUCGGUCGCGUUCCUGGCCGCGUCGAUCAAGCCUCGGCUUCGGCACUUCAUGUUGCAGACGCAAUCGCUCGACGACGUCGGCUCGACGUACACGCUGUGCCAGGACCAGGGAGUGCCGAUCAACCGCACCAUGGGGCGGCACACCAACGACCACAUGGUGUCGUUCUACAUGGCGUCGCCGUCGGGCUUUGAGGUCGAAUACGGCUGGGGCGCGCGCACCGUGGACGACAGCACCUGGCAGGUGCAGCAGCACACGACGGGCAGCAUCUGGGGGCAUCGCGCCCCAACGGAGCAGCCGGUGGCAGCUCAGGGUUAA